AUGCUUCAGUCUCUGGAAUGCCUGCCUGAUGAAAUCCUCCACUCGAUCUUAAUCCUCUCUUUCCCAACAGAUGCUGCUGCUUUACAGCAAACAAGCCGCAGGUUCGGGCAAGUAACAAGCGAGCCUCUGCUAUGGCGUCACUACUGCAGACACCACUAUCGAUUUUGGGAUAGCAAGCAUAAUAUUGUGCAGAAGCUUGCGAGUCAAGUAUCUUUUGUUGACUGGAAAGCACUUUAUACGGCGAGGCAUCGCGUUCACCAAUCCGUCUGCCGACUUCUGGAUGGGAUACUUGCCUGCCAAACAGGACGGAUUGAAAAGUUUCGUGCCGUUAUUGACCUAGGAUACGACGCCAAGGAUACGCUUCUUUGGCACAGCCAGGUCACUACUGGAGAGGAUCAUCUUGCCAGAAGAUAUUAUGCCCAGGCGCUUUUGACUUGCCUUCACCGAAGCAUCGCAAUCCCGGAGUGGGCCAAACUUCGACGCGGUGAACCAGUAUCCUACGAGCGCGCUAUGGGCGCGUUCGAUCUAUUUAUCCUGCAAAGUGGCUUUGGUGAUCUGAAUGAGGUUCAGGACACACUGGAUAGGGUUUUAUCCCAGUUUAUCGCUUCGCAUGGGACUUCGGAGGCUCGGACUCCCAGGGAAACGGCUUUGUUACUGGCGUCCUGGCUGCGAGAUAUGAAUUUUACGGGCAUCGAGAGCGGGCUAGAAUACCACGCCCUGGAGCAUAAUUUCUUGGGCCUGGCUAUUAAGAGCCCUGGUCACAACUCUCUACCACUAAUAUCGGCAGUGAUAUAUUGUUAUUUCGCUCAGAAGAUUGGUCUUAAUGCGCGCCCCUGUGGAUUCCCUUUCCAUGUCCAUGUUAUCAUUAGUCCGCCAUUGGGACUUGACAUGGAUGGCAAAAGCACACCAGGAAAGGUUCCGGGAUCUCCCAUGUAUAUUGAUCCUUUCCGAGGUGCUCGAGAGACUCCGAUCUCCGAUCUGAGAGACCAACUGAACUUUCUUGGGACUCCAGAUACCGAGCAGGAUGUAUUCCUAGGGCCCUUGGAGGUGUCUGAGACCGUUAUACGCUGCAGCAAGAACAUCUUAAAUUCAAUCCACUCACUUACUCGCCCGGGUGGCCAAUCAGCUUCAGUGGAUGUCUUAGGCGCCAAGUACGCUGCCCUUUGGUCAAUUAUGCUCCUUGCUGGUGAGACACGCGCCAUGGAAUUGCGACACCAGCUGCCUUGUCUAAUGGAGCUGUUUGCGACGGAGUUCCCGUCUGAUAUCUUUUUGGUUGAAAAAUACAUAGCGCCGCUCUUCCAAGGCCUGUUUGAACAUGAGCACAUUUUAGAGUCUCUUCAUGUCAUGCGUGCGGUGGACGAGAUCCCCAAACAGGUGCGAAAACGAUCAGGAGAGAAGAAGCAUAUUCGAUUCAAGGUUGGCCAGGUCUUCCAGCAUCGACGCUACUUUUACCGGGCAAUCAUCACAGGCUGGGAUUCUGAGUGCGAUGCAGGCGAGCAAUGGAUGAGACGGAUGGGGAUCGAUCGCCUGCAGGCAGGCCGACACCAGAGCUUCUACCAUGUCCUGGCCGAAGACCGUAGUAUGCGAUAUGUGGCAGAGGAAAAUAUUGAGCUGAUUUUCCCUAAGCUGGAUGACUUACCGCAGGAUCUUAUCAUGGUUGCGGGUAAGCAUUUCAAAAGGUGGGAUGCUGCUUCGGGGACCUUUGUCAGUAAUAUGCGGGAUGAAUAUCCGGAUGAUUAG